CGGGGCCGGAGGGGCCGGGCCGCGGCGCCGCCGCUCAGGCUCAGGCUCAGGCUCGGGCCGUGGCCGGGGCUCGGGGAGGGCGUCGCGGCGCCGCCAUGACCCUACGGCGGCUGCUGGGGCUGGCGGGGGCCGUCGGGCGCCGGGGCUGCUGCGACAAGCGCCCGCUGCCGCCGGACUUCGUGGAGGCCCUGCGGGCCGUGGUCGGGGCGCCCAACGUCUCCACGGCGGCGGCGGCGCGGGAGCAGCACGGCCGCGACGAGUCCAUGCACAGAUGUGCCCCCCCGGACGCCGUGGUGUGGCCCCAGGACGUGGCGCAGGUGCAGGAGCUGGCGGCUCUGUGCUACCGCUGCGACGUGCCCAUGGUGCCCUUCGGCACGGGCACCGGCCUCGAGGGCGGCGUGGGCGCCGUGCAGGGCGGCGUGUGCUUCGACCUGAGCCGCAUGGACCGCAUCUCAGAGCUGCACGCUGAGGACUUCACGGUGGCGGUGGAGCCCGGGGUGACGCGCAAGGCCCUCAACAGCUACCUGCGCACCAGCGGGCUCUGGUUCCCCGUCGACCCCGGGGCGGACGCCUCGCUGUGCGGCAUGGCGGCCACGCGGGCCUCGGGCACCAACGCCGUACGCUACGGCACCAUGAAGUCCAACGUGCUCAACCUGCGCGUGGUGCUGCCGGAUGGGCGCCUGCUGCACACGGCCGGCCCCGGGCGCCACUUCAGGAAGAGCGCGGCCGGCUAUGACCUGACGUCGCUCUUCGUGGGCUCCGAGGGCACCCUGGGCUUCCUGACGCGGGCGACGCUGCGCCUGCACCCGCUGCCUGAGGCCGUGGUGGCGGCCGUGAGCGCCUUCCCCAGCGUCCGGGCGGCCGUGGACUGCACCGUGAGCGUCCUGCAGGCCGCCGUGCCUGUGGCCCGCAUCGAGUUCCUGGACGAGGUGAUGGCGGACGCCUGCAGCCGCUACAGCGGCCUGCGGCUCUCCGCGGCAGCCACGCUCUUCCUGGAGCUGCACGGCUCCCAGCACAGCCUGGCCGAGCAGGUCCGGCAGAUAGAGGAGCUGGCGCGGCUGCACGGCGGCUCUGGCUUUGCCUGGGCACAGGAGCAGGAGGAGCGCAGCCGCCUCUGGGCCGCCCGCCACAACGCCUGGUACGCUGCCCUGGCCCUGCGGCCCGGCUGCAAGGGCUACUCCACGGACGUCUGCGUGCCCAUCUCCCGCCUCCCCGACAUUGUGGUGGAGACCAAGAGGGACCUGGAGGAGUCCGGCCUCACCGGGCCCUUGGUAGGACAUGUGGGUGAUGGGAACUUCCACUGCCUCCUCAUCUUUGACCCCGAGGACCCAGACGAGACCCGGCGCGUCAAGGACUUCACCGACCGCCUGGGCAGGCGGGCGCUGGCCUUGGACGGGACCUGCACCGGGGAGCACGGCGUGGGGCUGGGCAAGCGGGCGCUGCUGCGCGAGGAGGUGGGCGAGGAGGGGCUGGCCACCAUGCGCCACAUCAAGGCCGCGCUGGACCCCAAGAACCUCAUGAACCCCGGAAAGGUGCUGUGAGCAUGCCUGGGCGCCCGCCUGCCCCAGGGAAUCAGCCUGGUAUCCCGGGGGGGUUUGCGCUGCUGUGGUCCGAUGGGUCACGGACCCUGGAAACCUCCAAUAAACCAUGCAUGCCUCA